AUGGCGCAGACGCUUGGCUCCGACGUUCCCUUCACCAUGCUCUCGGCAUCCGAAGUGUUCUCGCUCGAGAUGAGCAAGACAGAGGCGCUUAUGCAGGCAUUCCGACGCUCCAUCGGCGUUCGCAUCCGCGAAGAGGCCGAGGUGGUCGAGGGUGAAGUCGUCGAGAUCCAGAUCGACCGAUCCUUGACCGGCGCCACCAAGACGGGCAAGCUCACCAUCAAGACUACCGACAUGGAGACCAUCUACGAGCUCGGCAACAAGAUGAUUGACUCGUUGCAAAAAGAAAAGAUCACGGCGGGCGAUGUGAUUGCCAUCGACAAGGCGAGCGGCCGUAUCACUAAGCUCGGUCGCAGCUUUACACGUGCGCGCGACUACGACGCCAUGGGCAGCGAUACCAAGUUUGUUCAGUGCCCCGAGGGCGAGCUGCAGCGAAGGAAGGACGUGGUUCAUACCGUCUCGUUGCACGAGAUCGACGUGAUCAACUCGCGCACACAAGGGUUCUUGGCGCUCUUCUCGGGUGACACGGGUGAGAUCAAGCCCGAACUGCGCGACCAAAUCAAUACCAAGGUAGGCGAGUGGAGGGAAGAGGGCAAAGCCGAGAUCGUGCCCGGUGUGCUCUUUAUCGACGAGGUGCACAUGCUCGACAUCGAGUGCUUCUCUUUCCUCAACCGUGCGCUCGAAUCCGAGCUGGCGCCGCUCGUCAUCAUGGCCUCCAACCGCGGCAUUUGCCGCAUCCGAGGCACACGCUUCCGCUCGCCGCACGGUAUCCCCAUCGACCUCCUCGACCGCGUGCUCAUCAUUAGCACCAAGCCGUACGAGCUCGAAGACCUCAAGCAGAUCCUCACCAUCCGUGCGGCUGAGGAGGAAGUGUCGCUCAAACCAGAGGCGCUCGAGGUGUUGACGCGCAUGGCCUCCGAGACAUCGCUGCGUUAUGCGAUCAACUUGAUCACCACCGCUAAUCUGGCGGCCAAGCGCAGAAAGGCUGAUGCGGUCGAGGUGGCCGACGUGCGCAGAGUGUACAACUUGUUCGUCGACGAAAAGCGCAGCGUGCAGUACCUCAAGGAGCAUGCAGAACAGUUUAUGAGCGAGUCGGACGACUACGGUGAUAUUGACGGCCUUGGUUCUGGCGCUCCUAUCAUCGGACGUCAAGUUGGCGCUGCUCAGGCCUAG